AUGUACUAUUUUUUGGGCCACCUGUCCCUCAUUGACCUUUGCCUGAGCUGUGUUACUGUGCCCAAGACGUUAGGGGAUUUCCUGAAGGAGGGCAAGAUCAUCUCUUUUUCAGGAUGCCUGGCCCAGAUCUACUUCCUGCACUUCCUGGGAGCCAGUGAGAUGUUUCUGCUGACAGUCAUGGCUUACGAUAGGUAUGCUGCCAUAUGUAAUCCUUUGCACUACCUGACUGUCAUGAACCGCCAGCUUUGCUUUCAGUUGGUUUUGGCCUGCUGGUGUGGCGGUUUCAUCCACUCUAUCACACAGGUCACACUGGUCAUUAAGCUGCCCUUCUGUGGCCCCAAUGUACUGGACAACUUCUACUGUGAUGUCCCACAGGUCAUCAAGCUAGCCUGCAUGGACACAUAUGUGGUAGAGGUGCUAAUGGUCUCUAACAGUGGUCUGCUGUCUCUUGUCUGCUUCUUGGUCUUGCUCUUCUCUUAUGCUGUCAUCCUGGUCACCCUGAGAACUCGCUUCCGUCAGGGCCAGAACAAGGCACUCUCUACCUGUGCCUCCCACCUAACAGUGGUCAGCCUGAUCUUUGUGCCAUGUGUAUUCAUCUAG